CUGCAGACUCUCGACGCCCGUUCAGACGCACCUAACCGUUCGCGCACUCGAGUAGCUUAGCGCUUGGUAGUUUUGUAGUACAUACCAUACGGUAGAAUAGACAAAGCUUCCGCGAAAACAGUGUUUCGCACAGAUCCGCUCGCCUCCUCGUCCGAAUAAGCGACCUACGCAAACAUUCGUCGAGUCACAAUCAUCAUCAAACGCCUUCGUUUGCAUAACCGUACGGCCGCGUAACCGCGAUUUCGGUAUUUCGAGACGACGCAGAUGCGUUUAUUACAUUCGCGCUAUUACGUAUUGCGUAACUAUUUAAUAUAUUAUAAUAUUAUACAGUCGGAGAUCGAAGAGUGGGUGCGUGGUUAAUAACCCGUACCCGCGGUCGUCUUUCCCACGCGGGGCAGCGAACGAACCAGACCAGUAAAGGACCCACUUCCAAAACAACAACAACAACAACAACAAAAACAUCGUAUACGUCAUAAUAAUAACGGUCGUUGUGCAAUCACCUCACGGUUUCGAGGUAGGUACACAUUGUCGGGCGACUGGUCUGGUCCCAAACGGAUAAAUGCUUGGCAUUUUGGCGAUGACUUUGGUCUACUUGAUCUCCAGAGAGCAAUUUACUAUUGGACCGUGCAUAUUGAUGACCAUUUUACUGCACUUGUUGGUACUGGCGUAUUCUAUAUUAAGCACAUUCGGGGGCAACCAGAUCGUGGCGGUCAGCCUUAAGUAAUCCUCCCCUCCCCACCGAAACGCGUCGAGUAGCCGCCGCUGUACCGAUAGCGUGGGAUCCCGCCGGGUCACAGUUUUCUCCUCCGCCAACGCGAGAGUUGUGCAACCGCCGCAGCCGCCGACCCGCCCUACGCUCGCGAUUUACGUAACGUAAAGUCGUCGGUCCCCACUCGCCAGACCAACGAUCCGAUCAUGUGCAUACCCAGCAAAUGCAUGCCCCGCAAACCCGACAGACCGUACCUAGACAUCAACUCGGAUCCGAACAUCCCAGACUCGCCGGAAUCGCCGCCGCCGUCACCGUUAACGCACGAGCACCGUUACCCCGUAGCGCGACUUUCGUCGUCCACGUCGGAAUUCUCGUCCUCGGUCGAUUCGGAAGACGGCGAAGACGACCAAGACGACGACGCUCUAUUGAAAGCAUCCAAGUACGUGUCGUGCGAAGUCUUUCACUCGACCAAGCGGCGCGUAGUCAUACGCUAUCAUUAUCACGAUAACAACAGCACCAUGGCCGUCCGGGCGUUCAUUGUACUGGCCGUCCUCGUCCUGAUGACCAAGGUGAUCGCGGACGUCACAUUUGGGAUCGGCGUGGCAGGUCUUGAGAUCGGCCGCGACAAUUCCGACGAGAAGUGCUUGGUCAAAAGACAGUUGCCGCCCAUCGAGCAGGGUAACGUGGUGAUCGAUAAUAUAUUUCAGAUUCCUAUCAAAACGCUGGACGCCGUCGGUACGUUAAUUAAGAACGUUCGGCCUCUGGUGCGCAGGACCCGCCAACGCAUCCAGCAGUAUUACAGCAACGGUCAGCAGCAAAACAGCAACGGUCAGCAGCAAUACAGCAAUGGUCAGCAGAACUACAACUAUUAUGGUCAACAGCAAAGCAGCAACGGUCUGCAGAGCUACAACUACUAUAGUCAGCAGUACAACAGACUAGGACGGCAAUCACGCCAAGUACAAGUGGAAGAUCAGCCGAAGCGGACGAAGCCGUCUAUUGUGGUCUUGCAAUCUAGCAUUAAUUAAAAAUUCGACUUUUUCUAAUAUUUCCUGCGAUUUGUAUAGGAGUCUUGUUGCGAAUCGACUUUUGAAUAUCUUGAGACGAUUUUCUUCGAUAUUUUUACGCAAAUCACUGGCUUAUUCCUACACUGCACGAUUUUUGUUUUGUUUUUUUUUUUUUAUAUGUUUUAGCACAUUUUGUAUUUCUUUCUCUAAAAAAUGCAAAUUCAACAUUUAUGAUUUGCUAUACCUACCUAAAUUUAAUGUUAUAAUGAGUCACGAUAAGCAUAUUAUAUUAUAAUUUAUACAUUAUCACAUUAGGAUUAGGUCAUGUGUGAUUUUCUUCUUUUACGUUUAUUAUAAUGCACUAAGUAUUUUAUUUUA